AUGGCGCCCUCAGCUACCUCAUCCCACUCGCACGCCGAUGCUCGAGAGCAAGACCUGCAGAUCUCCGGCCAGAACCGCGUCGCCAUCUUCGACAAGCAAGGCGGCCCCGUCUCGGUCAAGGAUGUGCCCAUCCAGCGUGAUCUCAAGCGCGGCGAAGCGCUCGUCCGCGUCAUCUACUCGGGUGUCUGCCACACGGAUCUGCACGCCAUGCUCGGUGACUGGCCGCUCGACAACAAGCUUCCUCUCGUUGGCGGUCACGAGGGCGCUGGUGUCGUCGUUGCUCUCGGUGAGGGUGCUGAUCAGUUUGUCAAGAUCGGCGACCGUGUCGGCAUCAAGUGGAUCGCUACGUCGUGCCUCAACUGCUCGUUCUGCCGAACGGGUGCCGAACCCAACUGCCCCCACGCUCAGUGCUCAGGCUUCAGCGUCGAUGGCUCGUUCCAGAAGUACGCCGUGUCAUACGCUAACCACCUGAGCAUCAUUCCGGAUGGCCUGCCGCUCGACCAGGCCGCGCCCAUCCUCUGUGCUGGUGUGACGGUGUACAAGGCGCUCAAGGAGGCCCAGCUUCUGCCUGGUCAGUGGGUCGCCAUCCCCGGCGCUGGUGGCGGACUGGGACAUCUUGCCGUGCAGUACGCACGGGCUGCCGGGUAUCGCAUCAUCGCGAUCGACACGGGAGAUGACAAGAGGCAGCUGUGCGAGUCGCUCGGCGCGGAAAAGUUCAUCGACUUCAAGACCUCGAAGAACCUUGUUGAGGACAUCAAGGCCGCCACGCCCGACGGAUUCGGUCCUCAGGCUGCUGUUGUUGCCGCUUCGGGAGCUGCGGCCUACGAGCAGGCACUCGACUAUAUUCGCCCUCGCGGUGUGCUCGUUGCCGUCGGCCUCCCCGGUCAGGCGGACAUCAAAGCCAACGUCUUUUUCACAGUAUUCCGAUCGGUGCGCAUCGUCGGCAGCUACGUUGGAAACAGGCAGGACGCCCAGGAGGCCCUCGACAUCGCCGCCAGCGGCAGGGUCAAGACGACGUUCAAGACGCUCGGUCUCUCGCAGCUGCCCCAGGUGUUCGAUGACAUGCACAGCGGCAAGAUCGCGGGCAGGAUCGUGCUCGACAUCGACCAGUAG